AUGGGAGGCUCUGGGAGCAUCCUCCUUGACAACGUGCACUGCCGGGGAGACGAGCAGCACCUGGAGGAGUGCUCCCACGUCGGCUGGUUUUCCCACAACUGUGGGCACGGAGAAGAUGCCGGCGUGAUCUGUUCAGAUCGCCCACUGGCUGUCAUACCAGGAACAGAGGUCGCAGAAAAACCUAGGUGUGGCAGAGUGAUUACCAACUCAUCUGGAGCAAUUAGGAAUCCCCCCCAGAACGAAAUGCACGACAACAUAACCUGCGUGUGGGAAAUCAAGGCCAACGCAUCAGAUCACAUAGUGCUGGCCUUUCCGUAUCUUAACCUAGACUGCACCAAUGAAUAUUUUGAAAUCCUGGACGGCCCUCCCUCCUCCACAAAGUCCCUGGGGAAGACCUGCUCCAGAUUCUACCUCACCUACGCGUCCUCCUCCAACUCAAUGACCCUCGUGUACUUCCGAAGCUUCAACAACAUAGGGAAGAACUUUGUUGCUUAUUAUCUUUCUGCUUCUAAAGAGGCAAGUUCAUGGACCCCCCAUCUAAUCACAAUCCCAACAGCAACAUCCAAGACAGUGACAGCAAGACCAGGGGACUGGCCAGAGCUGCGGCUGGUGGGCGGCCCAGGUCGGUGCUCAGGACGCGUGGAGGUCCUCCACCAGCAGGCCUGGGGCACCGUGUGUGAUGACCUCUGGGACCUGAAUGAAGCCGAGGUUGUGUGCCGACAGCUGGGGUGCGGACAGGCUGUGUCUGCCCUGGGGAAGGCUCACUUCGGCCCAGGCUCUGGAAACAUCUUCCUGGACAACCUGCAGUGCUCCGGGGUUGAGCGCUACCUGGGCCAGUGUGCCCACUCGGGCUGGUCGGAGCACAACUGUGGCCACCACGAGGAUGCCGGCGUCAUCUGCUCAGGGGACUGGCCAGAGCUGUGGCUGGUGGGCGGCCCAGGUCGGUGCUCAGGACACGUGGAAGUCCUCCACCAGCAGGUCUGGGGCACCGUGUGUGAUGACCUCUGGGACCUGAAAGAAGCCGGGGUCGUGUGCCAACAGCUGGGGUGCGGACAGGCUGUGUCCACCCUGGGGAAGGCCCACUUCAGCCCCGGCUCUGGAAACAUCUUCCUGGACAACCUGCAGUGCUCCGGGGUUGAGCGCUACCUGGGCCAGUGUGCCUACUCGGGCUGGUCGGAGCACAACUGUGGCCACCACGAGGACGCCAGCGUGAUCUGCUCAGGGGACUGGCCAGAGCUGCGGCUGGUGGGCGGCCCAGGUCGGUGCUCAGGACGCGUGGAGGUCCUCCACCAGCAGGCCUGGGGCACCGUGUGUGAUGACCUCUGGGACCUGAAUGAAGCCGAGGUUGUGUGCCGACAGCUGGGGUGCGGACAGGCCGUGUCCGCCCUGGGGAAGGCCCACUUCGGCCCAGGCUCUGGAAACAUCUUCCUGGACAACCUGCAGUGCUCCGGGCUGGAACGCUACCUGGGCCAGUGUGCCCACUCGGGCUGGUCAGAGCACAACUGUGACCACCACGAGGAUGCCGGCGUCAUCUGCUCAGAUGCAGGAGAACUGCCUCCUCCCACACCUCCAGGUCUUUCCACAGCUUCUCGGGAUCAUAUAACAGGAGGAAGUAGUUCCUGCGGGGGCGUCUUGUCGAGUCUCUCUGGCUCCUUUUCCAGUCCGCUGUACCCGGAAAGCUACCCGACACACGUCCAGUGUGUUUGGGAGAUUCACGUGGAUAAAAAAUUCCGUAUACAACUCAUGAUUCCAACUUUGAACCUGGAGGAUAUCCUCGGAUGCCCCUACGACUCCGUCGAAAUCUUCGAUGGCCCCAGGAUUGCCUCGCUGUCCAUGGGGAAGUUCUGUGCCUCAGCAGCGGUGAUAUUUCUCUCCUCCUCAGACAUCAUGACCGUGGUGUUCUGAAGUGAUUCUAUGAUCACCAACACUGGCUUUUAUGCUCUGUUCAACGUCAUUCCCCAGGGCGGAGGAGAGUCGGAGGAUGGACCCCCGCUGUGGCUGGUGGGCGGCUCUGGACAGUGCUCAGGACGCGUGGAGGUCCUCCACCAGGGGGCCUGGGGCACCGUGUGUGAUGACCUCUGGGACCUGAAUGAAGCCCAGGUGGUGUGCCGACAGCUGGGGUGUGGAAGGGCCACUGCAGCUCCUGGAAAGGCUCACUUCGGUCCAGGCUCUGGAAACAUCCUCCUGGAUAACAUUCAGUGUUUGGGAAGCGAGAACCACCUUGGCCAGUGUCCUAGCUCUGGCUGGUCGGACCACAACUGUGGCCACCAUGAAGACGCGGGUGUCAUCUGCUCAGACAGUGUGGUCUCUUGUCUGCCCACAGGAGGAAGUAACUCUUGUGGGGGAGUAAUUUCAGGCCUCUUGGGCUCCUUCUCCAGUCCUUGGUAUCCAGCGAACUACCCCACUGACGUGGAGGGUAUCUGGGUGAUACACAUGGCUAAGAAGUUCCAUAUAGAACUGGUGAUCCCAAGCCUGAAGUAA